AUGUCUUCCUUUAUUUUCUUGCUUUUGUUAUUUCCAGUUGUUGCAGUAGUAGUAGUGCAAGGAAACGGUGAUGAUUGUACGCCAAUCAGAUGCAGUAAACAUAGCCCGAUAAUUCGGUUUCCUUUCAGACAUCAAACUCUGCAACCUCAGCACUGCGGCUAUCCGGGUUUCGAUCUAAACUGCGACCACAAAAACAAUGCUGUUCUUGUGCUUCCGUUCUCCGUAAAUGUUGUUGUGAAGGAAAUCAACUAUACAUCUCAAACAAUUCUUGUUUAUGACCCAGAAAAUUGCCUUCCACAAAAGCUACCCCAUCUAAACUUAUCUACCUCAUCCUUCCACUUCCCUCUUGAUGAGUUCUUCCAAUCAGACUCCGCCAUUUUUAUAUGUUCUGAUGAUGCAGACAAAUCUUUGUAUCGCUUUCCUUGCCUUAUUGAUCCCAUCAACAAAUACUAUUUUGUUGAUAACGAUAACAUACUUUUAUAUCAAUUGACUUCUUGUACAAAGAUUUAUGAUAUUCCACGUGUUAUUCCACGGAGUAUAUCCGGUAAAAACGGCUUCCGUUUGGAGUGGUCUGAGCCAUCAUGUGGCCACUGUGAAGCUCAAGAUUAUCAUUUUCCUAAAGAAAUAUUUUUCUUGUUGGUUACAGAAGCACUAAAGAAGCGACUGAUUGCAGGUUUUGGUUGCUUUCUUGCCGUGAUAAUCCUCGUUGCUAUCGUCUAUCAAUACAUCCGAUUUAGAACUGGCAGGGAGAAUCAAAUCAAGAUUGAAAAGUUUUUGCAAGAUUAUCGAGCCCUUAAGCCGAGUAGAUUCUCUUAUUCUGAUAUAACAAGGAUUACUCAUCAAUUUCGCGAUAAAUUAGGUGAAGGGUGUUAUGGAGUUGUUUACAAAGGAAAGUUGAACAAUGAAAUAGAUGUUGCAGUUAAAGUACUAAACAAUUCCAAAGGAAACGGAGAGGAGUUUGUGAAUGAAGUAAGCACGAUUGGGAGGAUACACCACGUCAACAUUGUCCGUCUUGUUGGCUUUUGUGCUGAUGGAUUUCGAAGAGCUCUUGUUUAUGAAUUUCUACCAAAUGAUUCCCUCGAAAAAAUCAUUUUUCAAGCGGGUUCUAAGAAAAUAUCUCUCGAUUGGGAAAAGCUAAAGGAUAUUGCGCAAGGCAUAGCCAGAGGCAUAGAAUAUCUUCACGAGGGAUGUGAUCAACAAAUACUCCAUUUCGACAUAAAGCCGCAAAACGUAUUGUUAGACCACAACUUCAACCCGAAGAUCUGCGAUUUUGGUCUUGCGAAAUUGUGCUCAAAGGAACAAAGUGCAGUGACAAUGACCGCGGCUAGAGGAACAAUGGGCUAUAUUGCACCUGAAGUACUGUCCAGGACUUUCGGGAGGGUUUCGUAUAAGUCCGAUGUUUAUAGCUUCGGAAUGUUGUUGCUUGAAAUGGUGGGAGGGAGGAAAAACGAGGAUCGUAAUGUAAAUAAUACAAGUCUGGUAUAUUUUCCGCAGUGGAUUUACAAUCAUAUUAAUACGGAGGAUAAUCCAAUGUGGGCACAAAUUGAUGAAGAAGGAAAUAGUAUAGCAAGGAAACUUAGUAUAGUAGGGUUGUGGUGUAUACAGUGGUCUCCGACAGAUCGUCCGUCAAUGAAAGUUGUGGUUCAAAUGUUGGAAGGAGACAAUGGCGAUCUCACAAUGCCUCCAAAUCCAUUUCCAGCUACUUCGAAUAUUGUUGGUGCCAGACAUUAUCAAACUGAGAUGGCUAUCAUAUUAGAAGAGUAA